AUGGUACUAGCGGAUUUAGGUCGUAAAAUUACGACCGCCUUGCAGUCUUUAAGCAAGGCAACAAUUAUUAAUGAAGAGGUCUUAAAUGGAAUGCUAAAUGAUAUUUGUCGGGCACUCAUUGAGGCUGAUGUUAAUAUCAAAUUAGUUAAAUCUCUCAGGGAAAAUGUUAAAUCUGUUAUUGACUUUGAUGAAAUGGCUGGUGGUCUCAACAAGAGAAGGAUGAUCCAAAGUGCAGUAUUUAAAGAGCUCGUUAAAUUAGUAGACCCAGGAGUAAAGCCAUAUCAACCCAUUAAAGGCAAACCAAAUGUUAUUAUGUUUGUUGGUUUACAAGGUUCUGGUAAAACAACCACUUGUACUAAACUAGCUUAUCAUUAUCAAAAAAAGAACUGGAAAUCAUGUUUGGUAUGUGCAGAUACAUUCAGAGCUGGUGCAUAUGAUCAGGUAAAACAGAACUGUACAAAGGCUAGGAUACCCUUCUAUGGAAGUUACACAGAAGUUGAUCCUGUAGUCAUAGCCCAGGAUGGUGUUGAUAUGUUUAAAAAGGAAGGUUUUGAAAUUAUAAUAGUAGAUACAAGUGGUAGACACAAACAAGAAGAAUCAUUGUUUGAAGAAAUGUUGGCAGUUUCUAAUGCUGUGAGACCAGACAAUAUUAUUUUCGUCAUGGACGCCACAAUUGGUCAAGCCUGCGAAGCCCAAGCAAAAGCCUUUAAAGAAAAAGUAGAUGUAGGAUCUGUAAUUAUCACAAAAUUGGAUGGACACGCAAAAGGAGGUGGUGCACUCAGUGCUGUUGCAGCCACAAACAGUCCAGUUAUAUUCAUCGGUACAGGAGAGCACAUAGACGAUUUAGACCCGUUUAAAACAAAACCUUUCAUUAGUAAAUUAUUGGGGAUGGGUGACAUAGAAGGUUUAAUUGACAAAGUAAAUGAAUUAAAGUUGGAAGAUAAUGAAGAAUUAUUAGAAAAAAUUAAACAUGGUCAAUUUACGCUCAGAGAUAUGUAUGAACAGUUUCAAAAUAUAAUGAAGAUGGGACCUUUUUCACAAAUUAUGGGUAUGAUCCCAGGAUUUAGCCAAGACUUUAUGUCAAAAGGAAGUGAACAAGAAUCCAUGGCACGAUUAAAAAGAUUAAUGACAAUAAUGGACAGUAUGAAUGAUUAUGAGUUGGACAACAGAGAUGGCGCAAAAUUGUUUACUAAACAAGUUGGAAGAGUGGUCAGGGUUGCACAGGGAUCUGGUGUAACAGAAAGAGAAGUAAAAGAUCUCAUCACGCAAUACACAAAGUUCGCAGCGGUAGUAAAGAAAAUGGGAGGCAUCAAAGGUCUCUUCAAAGGUGGCGAUAUGGCUAAAAACGUUAACCACAACCAGAUGGCGAAACUUAAUCAACAAAUGGCAAAAAUGAUGGAUCCUAGAGUCCUCCAACAAAUGGGCGGCAUGGCAGGUUUGCAAAAUAUGAUGAGACAACUCCAAGCAGGCGCAGCUGGUGGUUUAGGGGGCUUAGGUAAUCUUAUGGGGGGUUUUGGUAAUAAAUGA